AUGGACUACUUCACCAACCCGGAUGACAUCCCGGCCGACUCGACAUUGGUCCUGCAACAGCUUCCGAAGAGGACGUGCAACCGUCUCUUUCAGCAGCAAAUGCAGGCCGCUGAGGUCGUCGAGGCGUGGGGGAUCUACUACAAGGAGGACUGGGACUGGGAGAGGAUCUGGUGGCUCCUAGGGCUUGCGUUCUUCCCCCCGAGUAUGCUAUUCGGGAUUCUCUGGGGAGUCUUGAAACAGGAUCUCCAGAGCGCUUUUGGGAUUGCCAGCUGGUGGAUGACGGGGGCGACGAUAAUUUUCGGCAUCGUCGGGACCAGAUCAUGGGCGCACUGA